GUUUCGACACACGUUCUAUUCGAAAACCCAAAUUUGUUGAGCUUCCAGUAGUGUAUCAGUCGACCCCCUUCUUUUAGCAGCCAGAUGGCCGGCAUCGUAUUUGGCGGUAUCGCGGCAUGUCGCCGAACCACUCACUACUUGGGGAUCCUACGGUCCUCCUACCGUCCUAUUGGGUCUAAUUCAUCCAUUAAGCCACUGCACCACCGACGACGUCGAUACACCAGUUCCUCAAAGUCCGGGGAAUCGGCUGAGAAGGGCCCAGGUCGGUUGAACCGGGAAGAGAGCGAAGCCAAAAAGCCAGAUAACAGUACUGUUGGAUUGGGGAAUGCAGCAGCGCCCCCCGAUCCUCCCAAAGUUCCAGGAGAGCGAAGACCGGAGUUGCCGUACGAGGUCAGGCCAGAGAUCCUGCCCCUCCAGGAUCAGCCAAAUCGCUCCCAGCCAUCGCCCACGGAAGUCAAGCCCCCAAAUCCACAAACAAUUGUCUGCAGCUCAGACAACAAAGGUCCCUCGGGGUCUUCAAAUAAUCCUUUGGGAUCCAAUGAUGACAUGGUAGGGAAGGUGGUUGAGUUUGGGUCUUCGGUUAGGACUUCUGAAAAUAAAGAUUUUGAUAUAAAGUCAAUUCCAAUUCAGUCUACCAACCUACCACCAUUUACUAAGUCGAAAGAUGAGCGUAAACUGGAUAACUUAUUUUCAAUUGAAUCCGAGCUAAAGACGCUGGCAGCUUCUGUGUCUGAUUUCAUUGAUGACCCUAUUCAGAAAAACUUCUCUCUAAUUAAAGCGGAACUCAAAUCUACUGACUCGACCUCAAAAGAUUCUAAAGCAGAUAAAAGUUUGCUAGGAUCAUCAAAGUCGAUUGACGAUACGCCUCAAAAAACCUCUCCAAACACCCAUGAAUCAAAAGAUAUAAUCACAGCCAAAGACAGUUCUAAGCCUCAAACUAGUAAUACUACAUCUUUGAAUCCAAAGCCGGACAAUUCCAAACCAAUUUCAUCUCUCAAGACUGAUGCAAGUAAAAGCUUCAAUCUUAAAAUUAUAUCAAGCCCAUUACAAGAAAACGCUAAGACCUCUACUCAAAAUAUAGAAGACUUAAAAGAAAUCCCUAAUCUAAAAACCGGAGUCACAAAAUCUCCGAAAGAAGCUGUGAGUUCAAGCUUUAACAUGCCAGGUGAAGGUAAGAUAUCGGGUAUUAAAGUCAAUUCAAAUACACUCGUCGACAGAAGUAUGGAAUUUAGUAAGAUGCUAGAUAAAGCCCAUGAAAAGAGAUUCUACAAUGUUGACACAUACAACGAGAACCAAGAAAAUCGGGAUAGGAUCCUUAAAUGGGUGGAACAUUUUAAAUCGAUUAGUAAGAAGGCUGCAUCUACCUCCGAAACCAAAAGCAUAGAGGCAAAUCCGAAUCCUACAGAGUAUAAAACUAAGAAGCCGUAUUUCAUUGAAACGUUGGUUAAAAAAGAAAAUAUUUGGGUUCCCAAAGAUAAGGCAUCUUCAAAUAAUAUUACCCUCUCUUCUUGUAAGGACUCUACUUCAACAAAUACCUCUAAGGUUGUCUCUCAACUGGAAUUGCCAUUAAAAAUUGUGGCCAAGCAUGAAGCUCCAACUGAGUUUAAACCAAUGUUAAAGCCUAUCCCGUCGUCUGAACUGCGGUCGAAUAAGGACACCAAUUUAGAUUCCAAAACUGAAGCCACUAAGCACACAGAAUUUAUUUUAAGUCAGCCUCCAUCAAAUAAAGGCUUACAGUCUCCGCCGGCCGAUUCCCUAAAACUAAAUCCAUUUAUUGGUAAUUCCAACGGUAAAAUAGUUGGAAUUGGUCAUAACGAACCUAAGAGUCAGUCUACAGAGGAAAUAGUGGCCUUGUUUAAAGACGACUACGAUCGUGAGCAAUACAAAAACGAGGACGGCAAAGUCAAAGAACUAUUCGAGGCACUUGAAAAAUUUAAUGAUAAUCCAGGUUCCUGGUGCAGUCAAGCGGAAGUUCUAGCAUCGGAUAAGAACAGAGUACAAAUUGGAAUUCACGAAAAACGCCACCUUGGCACCUCUGCCUCUGGCAAUAAAUCUAAAGAUCACUUUACCAAACUUGGAGACUUGGACUCAACCAUCCGAGAAGACGAAGCGGUACCAGAUCAGAAAAACGAAGACUACUUCGUCAAACUCAGUAACUUGGCCUCCACUAUCCGAGAAGAAAGCAGUGAUAAGCUGAACAAGAAUGCCGAGUCUGCAAAGAGUGAAAAGAACGAAAAAGAAAAAGAUCAUGUAGAACAGAAAAGCUUUGAUCUAGCAGAGAAGGUUUCGUCGUUCAUGAAGUCCGCCGAAAAGGGUGGUAUCAAAGACGAUGCUACGCAAAAACCACGAAGAUUUGAGAAAGGAGAAUCGAGGAGCAGCAGUAGCAAAGUUACAACUACAUCGGAGCUAACCCCUAGCGAUCUUUAUGAUCCAGUGUCUCCAGAGAUUUCCUCACCAGCCCUUUCAGAAACAGGCAAUGCGGAACUUAAGGAAGAUGCCGAAGAAUCCAGUCAAAGCCUAGAGGCUCCAGAGGUGAAGCCCAAAAAGGAGGAAAUCAAAGUCAAGGAACCCACCUCAGUGGAUGAGACCAGAACCAAGGUCGCCGAAAAGCCUCCGGUCGAGGUAAAUCAAGCUAAGAACAAAAAGCCUCAGUUGGAUGAUGGGGAGCUAGCCCUGAAGCUCCGGGACAAAGCUACGGGUGAGAUCCCGGCGACUGCAGUGCCACUGAAGCCAAUGAAAGUUGAAAAAACCUUCAUGCAACACCUUUUUGACAAGAUCUUGGGCAGAGGAAAGAGCGACGAAGGCAAACGGCGAAUGUCUUCUUUUAGUGGUCAACGUCACCUGAGCACAUUUUCAAUGAAUACUUCAUCUUAUGGCAUUGCCGCAGGGCCUCAGAAUGGGGAUAGGGUUCUCGUCAAGAGGGAGUUAGAUCUGUUCGCCAAGAAUGAUGACACUGAGAUAAAGGGAGGCUCGCCGGAGUGCUCGUCACCCAAAAAGUCACCGCGUGAGCUUCUCCGGGAGAAGCAGCAGACCAAGAACAUCAAGAUCCUUGGUGGUUCCGAGGAGUGUGCCAAGAAGAUGAAGCGGCUGAAGGAAAUCGCGAAGGACAAAGACGACGAUGACUGCGACCGUCGAUGCUUUUCUAACAAUCUAUCGCGCUUUUUACGCCAGCUCUGGUUCUCUACAAUUCCAGAUGCGGCAAACCCCUCAAACAAAACUAAAUAAUCUGCUCAUCUACCCGACAACACGAGAUCCCGAGACCAGAGAGGUUGAUGUCAUUGAAAUUGGAUAUCAGGCUGGAUGGAAUUAUGCCCAGUAUAUGCAUAUACCCAAAAAGCGGUCGAACUGAUGACAUUCUGGAACCCAUAAAGUGUACUUUAAGGAGCUUACGAUUUGACUUUCGAAUUAUAUUCAUCACAAUAAAAUUUUAAUUAUAAAGCUAUUAAAAAUACCCAUCCAGGGUGGUCUUAA